AUGCAUCUGUUAGCCGGCCGUUACAUUUUGGUGAAGCAGAUCGGCAAGGGCGGGUUUGGCGCUGUGGAGGAGUACACGGACGCCAUCACAAAGGAUAAUGUGGCCAUCAAAACGAUUCCUAGUCGAUACGUAAACCAAGAGAGCCGCCGGCUCGUACGAGAGAUCGAUAUUAUGUGCUUCCUGCACGAGGCUCACCCGCACGUCAUUGGGUACUUCAGCAUCUUUGCCACCAAAGGCACCGCCAUACCGCACCACAACGACUCAAACACGUUUGAUGACCCGCUGAUGAGCGUUGCACAGACGGCAGAGAACACGGCCUUCGAAUUGAACGUGCUGGGCGAACAUUACGCAGGUCUGAGCGAGGAUGAGCGGCUACGUCUGCAUCACGAGGAGCUGAUGGCGUUUGUGGCGAAGCUAACCAAAACGGACGAGUUCAAUGUUCACAUCGUCAUGCCGCUCAUGAAGGGCGACCUCUUCUACUUUAUACGGCUGCUCUCGUCGCAGUCGAGUGUUCAGCGCCUAGGUGUGACGCAUCACUUCUUAGCCCAGGUGGCCGUUGUGUUCGCCUUUCAGAUAUGCUUUGGCCUCGACUACCUGCACCAGUGCUCCAUCAUCCACCGCGACAUGAAGCCAGACAACGUGCUGGUGCGUCUCGACAUCACCAACCCGUACAUGUCCACCGCGCUGAUUGCAGACAUGGGUCUCGCACGGGACGCCCAGCAUAGCGACACCAUCUACAUCUGCACGCGCUAUUACCGGCCACCAGAGGUCAUCACCAGCGUGUCAGGCGGGUCGCCGAAGAUCGACAUUUGGUCCUUGGGCUGCAUCUUUUACGAAAUGUGCACAGGCCAGACGCUCUUCACCAUGCGGACGGCGCUGAACGAGCGCGGCGAGUGGGACGGCGCCAAGGCGAGCCUGCAGCUCGAGGUGGUUCUCAACACCAUUGGUACCCCCGCUGCCGAGGAUAUCGAGCGCUAUAUGCCUAGCGGAAACGCAAAGCUGUACUUGCAGCGCAGUGCCGCCCGUCCGUCACAGCUGCGACAGCUGAUCGAGCAGAACUGGAUUCUGCACACAAGCGAUGAUGAAAAGGAGAAGUGGAUCGACCUCAUCACUCGGUGCGUUGCCUUCUUCCCCGAGCAGCGGCCAACGGCCCAGCAGCUCUGCCAACACCAGUUGUUCCGCAACUACAAUGUCUUCUACGGCUCCAAUGUGAAGCAGUACGCGCCAACGCCGUACACGUCAUCCUACUGCGGCUCUUCUGACAGCACCCGCACGGAGAACAAGGCAGCCAUUCUGGCUCUUGUGCAGCACGCUCUGCGCAAAACGAUGCCGCCACUGAACGAGGAGAGGAGCGACGAGGAGUCCAGCUCGCUGAACAGCAGCAGCGGCAGCGCCAGCAGCGGCGAUAGCGAGAGCGACGACGAGAGAGGUACCGCGCCACAGCCAACCCCCAUCAACGACUACGUAUCUGCCGCCCACCGCUGCUCGACCUCUCUGCCGCGCGACAGCCUUCAGCAGUGCGGUGGCUGUGACCAGAACGAAGAGUUGGGCUCCGUAGCAGAGCCGUUCUCAGCUUUUGACUCAACAACUACGAGUGGCGCACCAGCCGUACCCCCGCCAGCGCAGCAGCAGCGUUAUGCCUUGCAUCCGUUUGGCAAAAACACCUCGAAAGACUAUUGCAACUCUUUCCUCGAUGACGAUGACGAGGGAGACGUUGAGCGCAAUCGCGAGCGGGCACGUGACACCGAGGACGAAGAGUGCUUACCGGAUUUUCAGCAGCAGCGCCCCAGCGCUUUUAUGGCGCACUUUAGUCCUGCUUCGCUGCCAGACGUCCCCCUUGCGGGUGCUGCCUCUGCCACUGCGGCGCCCGCCGCGCCGGCGGAGCCGGAAAAGCGCCUCGCGCACUCGUUUAGCUCCGAGGAGAGUGGCCCAGUAGUGGAGGAUACGCCGCCACUGGUACCGAGCGCCACACUCCGCGACCGAAUCACACGGCGUCGGUCGAGCGCUGUCCAAGAAGAGGAAGAACCCAAGCUGGUGUCGCUGAUGCCGAGCGCGUUCAACUUGGACAACUACCGCGCCGGCAAAUCUCUUGACGCCACAGUGAACGAGGAGCUGUGCAUCCCGGAAAGCGGCUUGCCGCAGGCAAUGGAGUCUAUGCCCGCCGAUGACGUCGCGCGACUGCUGGCGGCGUACAACAUGCCCUUGGAGGGGAGCAACUACCGCACCAUGCUAAGCUGUGCGCAGUCCGUGCCGCCCUUCGUCAUGCCCAGCGACCCGUAUCAUUUCAUUUCUCAGUCCCACAUUGGUGGCGGUGCGGGGGCGGCGAUGCUACCGCAGCAGCAGUCCUUCCACGCGGCUGCAUCGCCGAACGAGGUGAAUGGCGUGCCACGCGGCGGCAGCGAGGGGCAGCGAGGCGCGGACUCUGAAGUCCGCACUUGGGCAGUGGCGCCGCCGGCGUCGAGAGUCCCACCUGGCAACGGCGCCGCGGCGGAGGCGGGUUCCGAUGAGCAGUACGACUACUUGGCCGGUACAGACUACUACAUUGGCCCUACGCCGAGCAACGUGGCGCAGGUGGCGGCCGCCCGCCAACCAGCUGAGAAGCGCGGCAGCUCGCCUUACUCCCUCAGCGUGGCGGAUAGCAUGCCACUUGGGCAAGCGCAGCAGCGCGUGCUUUCGCACGCAUCACCCCCGCCAAUCUAUCUGCCCAGCACACAGUCUUCUGAGACGUCCCUCUUUCACCAGCCGCCGCUGCAUGCUCUCCGUGGACAGAGCGUGGCCGGAUUUCCGCCCAUAGCAGAUGCAGAGCUACGCCAGCGCUACAUGUCGUACCGGCACACGCCGCGAAGCAUCCAGGCGGCGACGUCGUCUGUGCUGGAGGAGCUUGGUGGCUGCACGCACGACGCCGAGCGGUCAAGCGAGCUGCGGCAGUUGCUCAACUACUACACUUCUCUCGAGGUCACGACCUUGUACACGAUAUGA